UACACUUGUAUCUCACUGGAAGAAGACGAAGUGACCACUUCCCGUGAUAGCGUACCUAAGAGUACAAGCGUACAGAGAUAUAGGAAGUAGCAUUUUCCUGUAAAUGCAGAACGUUUCCCUGUAAAUACGAUAACGAUACACGCAAUCGGUUGAACACUGAACAGUCCGUAUUAACAAUCGUGAAACAUAGCUAAACUUAGCAUCUAGCCGACUUACAAGUUUGUCAAGUUGCCCGACAGAUGGCUUAUCCAGGAUAUGGAGCAUAUGGGGGACCCAUGACAGGCCAGGGAAUGCCAGGCCAAGGAAUGCCGGGCCAUGGAAUGCCAGGCCAGGGAAUGCCAGGCCAGGGAAUGCCGAUGUACGGCGGAAUGAUGGGAGGGCCCCAACCCGGAGGAUUUCCAGGACAAGGUGGUUUUCCGGGGACUUUUGCUCCUCCUCCUGUUAAUGAUCCCAUGUGGGGUUACUUCACAGCUAUUGCUGGGCAGGAUGGAGAAGUUGAUGCGGAGGAACUUCAAAGGUGUUUGACACAGAGUGGUUUCAGUGGCAGCUAUGCUCCAUUCAGUUUGGAGACUUGCAGAAUCAUGAUUGCUAUGCUCGAUAGGGAUAUGACAGGGAAGAUGGGAUUCAAUGAGUUUAAAGAGCUUUUCAUGGCUCUGAAUGGCUGGAAGCAGAAUUUCAUGAUGUUUGACCAGGACAGAAGUGGCACAGUGGAAGGCCAUGAGAUGGCACAGGCUAUUUCCUCCAUGGGUUACAGACUGAGCCCUCAGGCAGGGAAUGCAGUGGUGAAGCGCUACAGCAAGAACGGCAGGAUCUUUUUUGAUGAUUAUGUGGCGUGCUGCGUGAAGCUCCGCUCACUUACAGAUAACUUUAAGAGGAGAGACACCAUGCAACAAGGGACAGUAAACUUUCAGUAUGACGAUUUUAUCAUGUGUACAAUGGCAAUCUGAGUGACCCCACGGACUGUCCUCUGGAAAGCUAUCUACGAUGAAAGGUUUCUGAAAUGCAUGCCAUCGAGGGUAUUAGGACUACUAGAACUGAGGAUUUGAUGCAGCUGUGCUUUUGCUAAUCAUCGCCAAAAAAAUAAUAAUCUAUUGUGCUAUGCAAUGCAAGAAUAUCACUUAAAUGUAACUGCUUACGCAAAUCGCUACUAAGUGUGCUCAAUUGAUACCAUUGUAGUUUUUUUGUUAUCUGGUGCCAAUAUCACUUUUGUAUACAUAUUUUGAUAUCUGGAUUGCUUUUUUUAAACCUGUGUUUAUGCUCUGCUAGUGAACAAAUUGACUGAACACUUGGGAAAGAUUUUACACUUGCAUACAUUUUAAAGAUAUAUCUCUGACUACAUGCAGUCACACUUGACUUUAAAGCAGCUGUUCUCAGAUGAAUGUUUGCUUUUAUUGCCUGUGUAAUGGUGAAAAUGUAAAUGGUCAAUGCAUACAAGGCUCUGUGUUACUGUGUACCAGUGGUCUCAAACUGCAGAACACACAGUUUUGUGGUUUCCUUCCAGUCAACAGCUAAUUUCGGUUGCGACAACAUUAUGUAGACUCCAUUCAUCGAUGCAACCCAAAGUGGCUCCACCCAAAUCCAAAGGGAGUUUCAAUUUGGUUGAGAAACUGUUGUAGGGCUUUAAAAGGAGCUCAAAACGAUAGCGUAGCAGUGAUUUUGGUAUAAGGUUGAGUGCACCAUAUGGCAUAGAGAUGCGAGUCUUGAGAUCCCUGAUCUAUAUGAUCUGAGAAAAGCUUUCUGUACACCUCACCCUGUUCUGCUGCCAUGCACAGAGAUCUUCAAUCAGGGAAAAAAAAUGUUUUAUUCACAACAAAACAAUAAACUCCAGAUUAUUUUU